AUGUCUCCAUAUCGAGGAUCCUCGGAAGAUCGCUACAUCAAGCCUAGAGAAUCCUCCCAAUCAGCGCUCUUCCUGAAACGUCUUAAUGAUGGGCUGCGAAAAGACAGCAACUCAAAGCAUCUGGUCAUCCUCUUAUUCCUCCUUCAGAGCUACGCGCUUCGUACACUCUACAAUGGCAACUACGACCUUGCAGUCGCGACGGCAUUUCCGACCUUAUUUCUCCCAUACACCUGGAGCUACUGGGAUCAUUACCCCACGAUCUUAGGCAUCCCUUUCUACUACAUACUCCCUUUCCAAGGUCACACAUACCCAUACCCAAAAUGGAGCGCACAAUACGGCAAAAUGAUCAGCGGUCCAGCUCGCGACGGAUACACCAAUUGCUUCUACACUAUUCCGUUGUAUCUGGCGCUCUGGUAUACAUUUGUCGCAAUGUUCUUCCCCGAGGACGUUACAUUCCUCGUGCUUGUGGCGGUGCUGCUCGUUUCGCGACCCGAGUACUGGUUCUCGGAGCCGAAAAUUGGUACUCGAAAGCGAAGUGCGCUUCACGCCUCCAACGGCAUGAUGUAUCGCCUACGCUGGCAGGUCAUCGUUGGAGCUUCCACCUGGCUCGUCUGGAUCACCGCACAAGCGUAUAUGUACGCCGAGGUGGAAUUGGAACAGGCUCAUCCUUCGCAGCUGGUGGCGAUUGAACAGGGCCCAGCCUUGGCUUUGACAUGCGUGCUUGUCAUCAAGGUCAUCAACACAUGGAAAGGAAUAAGAGGGCUCCGAUCCGACCUAAUUUACGAGCCGUAUGAGGAGUACUGGAAUGAUUCUACAACAGAACAAGAGAUUGUGAUCUGGGAGAUGCUUGCGCAGAAGGAGCAUGAGAAGAGACAGCGUCGACGCCGGGAGGGACGGUCGAGUGGAUACGGUAUCAAAGAACGCAAUCGAGCCCAAGCAUUCCGGCCGGAGGACUGGCAGCAUGAAGACCUGUAUGAAGAGGAGUCCCCUGAGCCUGAGGCGUUGUAUCGAGGCUCAGAGUCCGGUGAAGAGGAUAUAGGCGCAGCCGACGGGGGAGGAAACGAUGUGCCGGCCCCAGCCCUAGAUCCACCUCUUGCUGGUGCACCGCCUGCCGUUGCGGUCGGAGGCAGCAUUCCAGGACAUCCCCUUCCUGCUCCUGUAGCACCCAUUGGAUUUCGUCCUUAUCGUGACCCUGCUGCUUCGCGUCCGAACCGACCACCAGCUAAGACAGCGGCCGAAAGGAAAUCCGCUCGAGAGCAACACGCACUCAAGCUCAGAGAAGCGUUUCCCAGAAACCCCGCUCUCGCCAGGAAGUUCAUUGAAAGGCAGGUCCAAGGUCUCGAGCCUGAGAAAGAGGCCAAACGCAGGGAGAGGCUUGGGGAGCCUCACGCCCACGUUAUUCAGGAUAGGAUCGCUUACCAACGCUUCAAGAAAGUCCGCCGGCCAGAUAACAGCGUUGCGCUCACGGUGCCGUACAAUGAUAAUCCGGACCCCGCGGCCCCCAAAUAUGUCUCCAUCAUCGAAGACUCCCUCGCCCGCAACCCCGACGAUGAUGUAGACUCCGACGUUUCCUUCUCAACAGAUGUUUACGAGGCCGACGACCGCUACCCCGGUGACACCAUCCCGCGCCGCGCCUGGAGAGAGUGCCUCGUCGACAUCUUCGGCACGGUAGACAUGUUCUUCGACCGCACGAAACGCUCCGCAAAAAAUGUGUUCUUGUUGCUUGCACAGGGCUUGGCGGCGGCUGUGCUGAUCAGGAGUGUUGUGGAGUACGCUGGGCAUGAUCAAUAUGGCUUUGAUAUCGCUUCUGGACCGGUGCGGAAGGUUGCUCGCGUACUGGGGCAGGUUUAUCAGGGACCCAGUGGAGUUUCUUGUGAAUGA